AUGGACUGGCGACUACUCGACUACGCCAAGGAAGCUGAGGAGACCGCAACGGGCCUACUCUCCUUCGAGAGUGAGAUCCCCCAAUAUCGCAAAGACGUCAGGAGCCAUAUCGCAGAGUUAUUUGCCAUAUCGCACGCUCUACUUGAGCUGAACGAGGCGCUGGAGUCGUCCCGCUAUGGCAGAUAUGCAGGCUUCAUACGAACGGAUCUGGAGGUUUGCCUCCCGAGCUUAGGACACACGCUUGACGAUGUUCAAGAAAUAUUCACCAGGUCCAAGAAGAGCAGGCACGCUGCGCCCGGUGCUUUUCCCGGCACACCACCGUAUGCACUCAUCUGGGAAGAUGCGCUUACGGAUUUCACGGCGGAAGGCAUGUCCUUACCCAAAAGAUUCGAGAUAGUUAGGACAUAUCUACAGUGCAUGCACGACGCUCUGAAGGGAAACGAGGAUGAGGCCGCAUUGGCUAAAUUCAAAGUCACGCUAUCCAGGCUGCUCAAGAAACAAAAGCCAACGCCGAUUGAAUCUUACUUCAGUAAGCUCUCAGUGCAUGGCAAUGGGAAGAGUGGUGCUAGAACACCAAAACCGCCUUCCCCCAAAGUGUCUAGACCGAAGAUACACCAACACCCCACGUAUCCGGCAGCCCAGUACGGGUACCAGCCAGCCCCGCUACCGCUACCUCAUCGAUCUCAUAUUGCACCAACGUGGGGAGGCAUAGGGGACAUACCGUAUAUUCCUCCCCCAGUGCCAGAAAUCCCUCAGUCGCCCACGUAUUCGUCCGCAUCAUCACAGGCCUACUCGAACCAGUCGACGGAUUCAGAGCCAGUCGCUCAUUGGGCAAUGAAGAUCUUCGAUGGACGACACGGCUCUACACCAUCUCAAAGCCCCUCGGAGCCUACUGAGUGCUUCGGGAGAGAUGAACCAAGAGUGAUUGAGCUGUUAGACACCGAUGGCUUUGAAAGGAUUCUAGAACUGCCAUUCGAAGCAACUGAGGUCUGGAUAAGAAUUUACUGGAGGGCCGACGACAACCGUGCACGAAUACUCUUCCUUACUACGGAUCACAAUGGCAACCGUGUGAGGUACCAGGUUCCAAUCACCGCAUUAGCAGUACGGCGCGCAGGAUCGUGCUUGCAGCUCUGUCGCAUCAAUCGCCAAGAUGGUCAACUUGACCUGUGGGCUAGACUGCGCUUCCCUCUAUACGAACGUAUGGUACUUUUCUAUUGUACCGCCAUAGCUAUGAAGCGCCAGGACCACACUCCCAUUGCAGAGGGGCUCGAAGAUGUUUUCCUGCCAGGAGAAAGGAUUAUGUUUGCAGGCGAGACCGUUGACGGCAAGUAUCUCCACGUCUUCCGCGUCAAAUACGAUACGGACUCGGGCUGUGUACGGUUCGAAGCCACUGCUCGUCGCGGGCCUAUGAAGGACAUACCUAUCUGGACGGCGUUCGUCACGCCAUAUGUCGGACGCGGUGACUGGAUGAAGCGCGUCGGUCCAGAAACAAUCCAGUUCGAGAAGCUGCAUCCGUAUGUCUUCAGUGAUAGCUACAGGCUACCCAAAGGCCCUACGGGCAAGUACCGGUUGAGCUUUACUUCACCAGAAGGUAUUUGA